GUUUUAGCAGUUGCUUCUCUGUUCAAAGCGUUUGUGCAGUGACCAAUCCUAACAUUGGAAAAAAGAAAGUGAAACUAAGAAAUCGGCUUGAAAUGUCACAACUGGACACAGUCGCACUUUAGAAUUGCGCUGUGAAUUCAGACAUGGGAGGCUUAUUUUCUCCUUUCUCCUCUGACUCCGCUUCCUCGGUUAACCCCGCUUACUCGGAGGAGGGUGACGUUCAUCGUCUCACUAUCGAUGCAAGGUCCCUGGUAUUUCUUCGGAGCAAGUUGCGGCACUACAACCCUCCCAACGGGUGUGGGGACUCUAUAAACAUCUUACUCUUCGGCUUGGUGGGGGCUGGUAAAUCAGCCACCAUUAAUACAAUCCUCUCAGCUCUGGAUCCAGAGUAUGAAACGAUAACCACUGUCCCAACUGGACGGAAUCCCAGCUCUCUCACGGCCGAGCUCAGAUCCUACACGCCACCUUUUGCUAAGUCACUAAAGCUUUGGGACACAGCCGGUUGGAACACAGUGAAUGAUGCAGUUAAGGCAAAGAAAAUUUUAGAGAUGAUCCUGGAAGGAAGGGUGCCAGAAAAAACCAAUAGUCAGCAGUGCAUGAGAAGUUCAGGGCACGCAGUUCACAUUUGUUUGAAGGUUGCAAGCACCAGUGGGCUUUGUGCAGUUGUGUGUAAGUUGUGCAAUUUAAAUCCUGAUUUGGAUGAUGGCAAGUAUCAAGUCAUUCCGGAAAAUGUAAUUCAUGUAGUCGCAUUCAUUGUUGACCUGAACACGAUAGACAACAUCAGUGGGGAUAUGAAGACACAGUUUAAGGACAUGCAAACCAUUGUGGUACAAAAACAUAUUUACAGGACUGUGAUUGGGACCAAAUUUGACCGAUUAGGGAUACCAGAGAAAGACAAUAGUUACAUUUAUCAAUACAUGCCACUACAGAAAAAGUUUGUAAAGUUGUCAGAAGAAACUGGGAUGGAGAAGCACCGCAUGUUUGCCAUUUCGAAUGAAUGGAAGGGCGAUACGAUAGAUCAGACCAGAUGUGUGCUCAUUUUGCACGCAUUGGAAAAUAUGGUCGGAAACAUAAAUGAACACUUCAGAACAGCAGAAUAAUGAGUACGCCUAAUCUUACAUAGAACCGUGUAACAAAUCCUGUUUCUCUGUUAUAGUGACCAACUGAGUUCACCUUAAAUGACACAACAUGAAAAUCCGUUGGGCAGAAUUUUGCUUCCAGUUUCCACCCCUCUAUGCCCUUCACAUGGUCCAUCUGCAACACUUCCCUCCCUUUCCUCUCUGUCUCCAUUUCUGGUGGUAGACUGUCCACCAAUAUUCAUUGCAAGCCCACUGACUCCCACAGCUACCUCGACUACAGCUCCUCACACACUGCUUCCUGUAAGGGCUCCAUCCCAUUCGCUCAGUUCCUUCACUCCAUCGCAUCUGUUCUGAUGAUGCCACGAUCCAAAACAAAACUUCUAACAUGUCUUCCUUCUCCCUUAACCGAGGUUUCCCACCCACUGUGGUUGACAGGGCCCUCAACCGUGUCCAAUCCAUUUCCUGUGCCUCGGCCCUCACACCUUCCUCUCCCUCCCAGACCAUGAAAGAUUCCCCCUUGUCUUAAAUUUUCUCCUCACCAGCCUCCGCAUUCAAAGGAUCAUCCUCCGCCAUUUCCACCAACUCCAGCAUGAUGCCACCACCAAACACAUCUUCCCCUCAUCAUCUCCCCUCCCCAGCGUUCUGUAGGGAUCGUUCCCUCCGUGACACAAUGGUUCACUCCUUCAUCAUCCCCAACAGCUCAUCCCCCUCCUACGGCACCUUCCCAUGCAACCACAGAAGGUACAACACAUGCCCCAUUACCUCCUCCCUCCUCACCAUCCAAGGGCCCAAACACUCAUUUCAAGUGAAACAGCGCUUCAUUUGCAGCUCCUUCAGUUUGGUCUACUGCAUUCGCUGCUCCCAAUGCGGUCUCCUCUACAUUGGAGAGACCAAACGUAGGCUGGGUGACCACUUUGGGGAACACCUUCGGUCCGUCUGCAAGCAUGACCCAGACCUUCCUGUAGCUUGCGAUUUUAACACACCAUCCUGCUCUCAUGCCCACAUGUCCGUCUUUGGCCUGCUGCAAUGUUCCAGUGAAGCCCAAAGCAAACUGGAGGAACAACCUCAUCUUCCGACGAAGCACUUUACAGCCUUCUGGACUCAACACUGAGUUCAACAACAUCAGACCAUGAACUCUCUCCUCGAUCUUUGCCCCCUUUUAAUCUCCUAUUUUCAAAAUUCAUUUUUAUUUUUUAUCCACUUAUUUUUAUUCAUUUAUUCAUUGGUUUAUCCCCUUUUGUUAUCCCCCACCCCCCACCCCCUUUCUAUAAUACCAAGGUGCUUCACAGUCUGGUUCAGUCUCAGACAGUGACCAGGAAGAGAGAUGGGAUUAGUGAUAAGGGAAUGAAGUUUGUGGUCAGGACUGAAGACAAUAACUUUAUAAAUGAUGUGAUUCCGACAGUUACAUUAAAACCAAUGCAGGCUGUAAUUUCAGACCAGCCUGAGGUUCUCUUUGGGACUGGGUGAAACCAGGAAAUCAGGCUAUUGUCUGGGUGUUAUAGGAACGAACAAUGUGUGGCUCAGUGAUGAGCCUGGCCGUAUGUUACAGUAUUUCAGGAAUGAUUUCAACCAUUUACCAUCUCCAGACAUGAUUGCACAACCUAAUUAAACCUGCAAAUGUGUUUCUCUCUCUGCGAGGUCUGGGUUAUGCCUUCAGUGACUCCUCCAUGAAUCUCUUUUAUUCCUGAUUCAGCAGUGGGAUUCUUUGUCCUUCAGCUUAUUCCUUUAUUUGUGUCUUAUUAAAAUCCAUACAUCUGUGUGCAUGAGGUUAUGCUAUAUUAACUUUUGAUCUUAAAGUGCAUUAUGAACAUUUAUAAAAUGGCAUUUCUUUCUGCUGGUAAAGCCCUAAAAAAGUGUUUAAAAAAAAAGAACACGUACUCACAAUAAAAUGAUGAAAUACGUCCAUCA